AUAAAUUGAUUUGAAUUGUACAUUAAGGAGACGAUAGAGGUCGUCAUACCCAUGAAGUAAAGAGAGGUUAUUUAUUUAUUUCUUAUCGAAUAUAAUUUUUGUUCUAAAUUUACACAUAAACAUACAUAUAUAUAUAUAUACAUACAUAUAUUCAUUACAUAUAUAUUAUAUAUAUAUAUAUAUACAACAAAAAUAUAUUGAUAAAUAUGACAGAUGAAGAAAAAAGAGAAAGACUCCGGAAUUUGUUUACAAAACUUUAUGGAAGUAAUAAUCCAGAAGGAAAAAUAUCACCAGAAAUAAUAGACGAGGUUACAAAAUGUAUAGUAAGUGCAGAAGCACGAAAGUCUACCUACGUUGGUGCAUUAGUUGGUUCUGCAAUAGGAGCAAUUAUUCCAUUGAUGAUUGAACCAUUGAAAAAAUCUUUUUUAAUUUUUACUUUCGUUGGAGGUGUAUAUGGAUCUGUCUUUGCAAGAUAUAUGCAUUCUAAAAAUUGUUUAUCUAUAAUUAAAAAUCUUCCACAUAGUGAAUAUAGCCAACUAAGUAACCAUAAAUCUUUUGAAGUAGAAAAACCAUUGGAAAGAGAAUCUUUGAAAAAAGGAUCUUCAAUAGAUAUUGAAGCCUUUCAACAAAUAGACCAACAGAAUGAAUUUUCUUCUGUUAAUGCUCAUGAAUAUCAACCAGUCAUAAAUAUUGAUGAACCAGAAAAGAAAGAAAAGAAAGUAUUUGAAGGGAUAACUUAUGAUGAAUUACGACAGAAAAACAGAGACAGUUUUCGAUCAGGACAAGUACAACAUAGAUAUGUAAAACGAUCCAUUGAUUCAAGAGAAAAUAAACCCACAGAAAAUCAAGACUUUAAAUCAGAGUUAAACAUAGAUUCUGAUCUUUUCCCUAUGCCAAGUGGUACUGGAAAUCACAAAACGAAAUACGGAGACAUAUGGGAUUAAAUGAAUGAAAAUAGCAUAAACAUUAUUUGUUGCUUGUAUAAUACGAAUACUAUAUAAAAGUAGUGAAGUAAUUCUUAAUUUGUUAAUUGUAAAUGCAAUAUUAUGUAAUGUUAUAUCAUUGAUAAUCUGAUUUAUUAUAUAUACAUUGAUAAUA